AUGGAUCUCAUUCACAAGUGGCGACUUGACAGGGACGACGUUGCCGGCCGGAAAGCCAGACGCCAGAGUGCUCAGUCUCAGCUUGACCAUCACCAGGCCGAACUCAACGCCCUCCUGGGCAGCUUCGGCACCGCGCAGAAUGACCACCCCGACCGACGAGCAAGCAAUAGCAGCAAUCGCAGCACAGAUAUUCAAAAAGCGGUCGAGGCGGUGCAGUAUGUACAUUUGAAUUCCCUUGAUGGUGUGUGUUAA